AAUCCAACAUGGCUUCCGACAUGAAGAAGUUGAAAAUGCUUAAAAAGAAACAGAAGCUGAAAGCAAGAAAGUUAAAAACACCGAAAGUCCUAUCAGUGACAGAUCCAGUGGAGGAGACAGACUCCAUUGAUGGAGACAUGGGAGACAUCACAGAAAAUAUCCCUCAAGUUCAACCAAAACUGAAAAAGAAACAGAAGAAAAUGAAAGUUUUAAAUGGAGCAGAUAACAGAGAAACACAUUCAGAAAUAGCAGACGAAACAACAAAGAAAAAAAAGAAAAAGAAACGAAAACUAGAAGAGGCGAGGGAAGUUCCGGCCAAGAAAACAAAACAAGAUUCCAGAGAACAUCAGAGUGAUGAAAAUAGUGAUGAGGAUGAGGAUGAGGAUGAGGAUAGUGCUGAAAAUACUACAGAUGCUGGUGGAGAGAUGGAAGAUUAUUCAAGUGAAAAUGAUGGUGAUGAGACACAAGAAGAAGUCAACAGGGAUGUUGAAUCCGCAUUGCCUGGGUCAGGUUUAGGAGCUGGUAUCCUUUCGGACACAUCAUUCAAGUCUCUAGAGGGCAAGGUGUCGGAGCAGACCAUGAAAGGAAUACAAGACAUGGGUUUUACACACAUGACAGAAAUACAGGCUCAGACCAUACCUCAUCUACUGGAGGGCAGAGAUCUAAUGGGAGCGGCCAAGACUGGUAGUGGUAAAACGUUAGCCUUUCUUAUCCCGGCUGUGGAGCUUCUCAACAAACUAAGAUUUCUACCCAGAAAUGGUACAGGGUGUAUAGUUAUCUCGCCUACACGAGAGCUGUGUAUGCAGAGUUUUGGUGUGGUGAAAGAACUGCUGAAACACCACUUUCAUACAUACGGCCUCAUCAUGGGAGGGACCAACAGGGCAGAGGAAGCCAAAAAGCUCUCGAGGGGCGUGAACCUGAUUGUGGCCACACCAGGACGACUGCUUGAUCAUUUACAGAAUACUCCCAACUUCAUGUUCAAGAACCUUCAGUGUCUCAUAAUCGAUGAAGCAGACAGAAUUUUAGAUAUUGGUUUUGAAGAAGAAAUGAAACAGAUCAUCAAACUUUUACCAAAAAAAAGACAGACAAUGCUGUUUUCAGCGACACAAACACGGAAAAUUGAAGACCUGGCAAAAGUUUCGUUGAAGAAGGAACCAUUGUAUGUAGGUGUGGAUGACAGUAAAGAAAGGGCUACAGUGGAAGGCCUGGAACAGGGUUAUGUAGUGUGUCCAUCAGACAAAAGAUUUUUACUGCUGUUUACUUUUCUGAAGAAGAACCGGAAGAAGAAAAUCAUGGUGUUUUUAAGCUCCUGUAUGUCUGUCAAAUUUCAUCAUGAACUUCUCAACUAUAUAGACCUGCCUGUGAUGUGUAUUCAUGGUAAGCAGAAACAACAGAAGCGAACACAGACAUUCUUCCAGUUCUGUAAUGCCACAGAGUCCAUCUUGUUAUGUACAGACGUGGCCGCCCGAGGUCUGGAUAUUCCCCGUGUGGACUGGAUUGUCCAAUAUGAUCCUCCCGAUGAUCCAAAGGAAUACAUCCACAGAGUUGGGCGGACAGCAAGAGGAGAUGGGGGAAUCGGCCAUGCCCUUCUCAUUCUGCGUCCUGAAGAGCUUGGCUUUCUUCGCUACCUCAAACAUGCCAAGGUACCACUGAACGAGUUCGAGUUUUCCUGGAGCAAGAUCUCAAAUAUACAGCCACAGUUGGAGAAGCUGAUUGAGAAAAACUAUUUCCUGAACAAGUCGGCAAAGGAGGCAUACAAAGCCUAUGUGAGAGCCUAUGCCUCACAUGGUUUGAAGAACAUUUACGAUGUCAACAGUCUUGACCUACUGAAGACAGCCUUGUCAUUUGGCUUCAAAGUGCCACCUUUUGUAGAUUUGGAAGUCUACGGCAGCAAAAGUAAGAAGGUCCAGAAGCGAGGAGGAGGGGGAGGAGGAGGCUUUGGCUACCAAAAACCACAGAAACACAACAGCAAAAAAUUUGUGUACAAACAAGUCAAGAAGAGAUAGGGGACUGGCCCAUGAUGUAUUUGUAUCAUGUGGGAAUCAAUACGGCAACUAAGAUCUGUAAUGGAAAACAUGUAAAAAAGAAACAGAAGAACAUGCCUUGUAUGACUGUGGAGUUUCAUCCGGAUAUGAGGAGAUAUCACAAGGAAUAAUGGUACACCAGACAGAAGUUGUCUUUUUAGUGCAUCAGAUGUUUUUAAACAUCUUGAACGUUCAAAAUUUUCAUCGUUGUCAUUAAGACUACGGUUUAGCCUUUGAACAUAUCUGAUACAAAGAUAAAAACAAUGGUUUUACUAAACUGAAAUAUAACAAAUAUGUGCGUUAUGGUCAUUAUAAUGGAACAAAAGAAUCUGGAUUUACAUAUUUAGAGAGAACGAUAGUAUAAUUUUCCAGUAUGUAACGUCAUGAUUUAAAUAUUUCAGUUAAAACAAUGGCCAUUUCCUAGUUGAUGUACAUACUUGAUUCAUUUAGGAAUUUUAGCCAACAAACUUAAGGGUCUUUUUCGUUACAAACGUCUUCAAUUUUCAGCCAUAACUUCAGGGCAAUGAGGAAACAAAUAGCCCAUACAAGUAAUUGUAUUUGUUUAACUUAACUAUAGACGCAGUAAACAUGGAAUCAAUUGCUAGAUAUGCAUGGAAUUAUUAAAUAUCUGAUAGAAUGAAAACAAACUAGACGUAGCAGACAGUUUGGUUUAUUGGAAACUGCAGCGUAAGUAUCGACAUGGCUGCGAUGAACGGUGCAAAGCAGAUUAAGCUAGAACUACUUGUGAUAUAAAAUGCACAUUCAGAACAUCGUAGAGAAUAUUAUGUUGAUACCGAAAUCACGAUCAGGACAACAUAAAACAAUGUGAAGGAUAAUAUAAAGUGCGCAAUGAAAAUAUUGUAUAGAUUGGAGUUAAUGGUCAUACAAGAAAACAGUGCACGCAAUCACAUGGCUGGCCUUCUGGUAAGCCUUUCACGUAGGAACAACCGAUGUACCAUUACAUGUCAUUAGUGUAAUUAAACAUCAAAUGUUACAUAGUUACGUAUUUAACGUUAUGGUUUAUAUAACGGUGUAAUGUUAUUUCAAAUGUAUCGAUAAAUUUACUAUUUUGGUUGUUAAAUUAUAUCAUUAGUUUUACAGUACACCAAUCGAAAUGAAAAGAGAACACCAAAUCACAUGAAACAAACGUAUUAUUAUAUUUUAUGUAUACAGUUGAAUGUUUAACAACACGGUAGUGUAAAACGUAAAGUCUUCUGUUGAUGAAUGAACUUUUAAAUAAAAUCUACUGGGGAGAAUGUCA